AGGGUUUAAAGAGCGCCUCGGACAGGGCCGCGCAGCUGGAGCGACCAAGCGGUGCCAGGCCAGGUGUGCGCGUCGGUCGGUCCUUCCGUGCCCGCGCCGGAGACCAGCCCCGGAGGCCGCCCGGGCCCGUCCCUGUGCCCGGCACCAUGAAACAGGAGCCUGCAGCCCAGAAGUCCCCUUGCGCCUCUCCGCCCUCCUCACAACCCCUCUCCGAGGACGACGACCCCCAAGCGUUGUGGAUUUUUGGGUACGGCUCCCUGGUGUGGAGGCCCGACUUCGCCUACAGCGACAGCCGUGUGGGCUUCGUGCGCGGCUACAGCCGCCGCUUCUGGCAGGGAGACACCUUCCAUCGCGGCAGUGACAAGAUGCCUGGUCGUGUGGUGACCCUCCUUGAGGAUCGUGAGGGCUGCACUUGGGGUGUGGCAUACCAGGUGCAAGGCGAGCAGGUGAGCGAGGCCCUGAAGUACCUAAAUGUGCGGGAGGCGGUGCUCGGCGGCUACGAUACCAAGGAGGUCACCUUCUACCCUCAAGAUACCCCUGACCAACCACUCAAGGCAUUGGCCUAUGUGGCCACCCCGCAGAACCCUGGCUACCUGGGUCCUGCCCCCGAGGAGGCCAUCGCUACACAGAUCUUGGCCUGCCGAGGCUUCUCCGGGCACAACCUUGAAUACUUGCUGCGCCUGGCGGACUUCAUGCAGCUCUGUGGGCCCCAGGCUCAGGACGAGCACCUGGCCGCCAUUGUGGACGCUGUAGGCACCAUGCUGCCCUGCUUCUGUCCCACUGAGCAGGCGUUGGCACUGGUCUGAGGGGCUGAGCUCCUGCAGGGGGUGCCUACAUGGACACAGGGGCCAGGUCCCCACUCCAGUGCACACAGACAGACUUAAUACGGUUGGAGCUCACCGAGAGGACUCGGUGGGCCGAUAGGGGCUUCUCUUAAGUCCCUGCCUGUCUGCCAGCCCCCAGAUCUCCUGCCUGACACCAACUUACUACUUGAAACUUUAUUUAUUGCACCAUGUUGGUGUGGUGGGCAGGAUGGGGGGCCUGCCCUAGGUACAGGGGAGCUGCUGAGCAGUGCCCCACCCCAGGUGCCUGGUGCCUGGCUGGAAUCCCCCCAGUGCUGCUACUGUCCCCAUACUACCCAGGCCUCCAUCUUCCCAGGGAGCCUCCAAGAGCCUUGACCGUCUGCCCACCCCCUCCAGACCAGCCAUUCCCCAGCCCCAGAAACACCACCUGCCAAGGGUCCCAGCCUGCUGGUGAAAGUAUAGAAAGGAGUGAGGAGAGGGAGCCCUAUAGGAUCUUAAGCCCUGCAGCCUGUUCAUCCUCUAGGUCCCCAGGGCAGGCUGGCUCUGGAGCCCAGACACAGCUGCUGAGGCUGAGCCAAGACCUCUUCCCCAUUUGGCUUUGUUUCCCUGUUCCUCUGUCUGUCUGUCUGGGCUACUUCUGUCUGUUGGUCUGUUCCUGGGAAGCUUAUCACUGUAGGUAGGCCGUGGCCCCCUCCCAGUCUGUCCCAUACUGUAAUCCAUAAACUGACCUCAUUAUC